GGUUAGAUAUCGGGUAAUAAUUUGCUUCUAUUGAGUCCAAGUACUUUUUAUUGUAAUAUAUGUCCUGGGGGUAUUUUUGCUAAAAGAAUAGGUUAACAUGGAGACAGAUAUCGCCAAUUGUUGUGAAGUAUUGCAAAAAGAACUUCAAGAGGCAAGGGGUCGUUUGGAUGUGCUUAACGAUAAUAUUAGAAAAAUUGUGGGUCGGCCCAGAGAUUUGGGGAAUGAAAAAAUCAUGGACAGUACCAAGGAUGAAGGGUGUCAGAAAUAUGGAAGUGAAAGGAAGAACAGAAGAACUAGCGAUUGCAAAUCUGUAUUUAACCGGUUAUCAGUAUCAAAUGAUGAUUUGAGACCCAGGUUAAGUUCACGCGUUAUAAAGGAAUUGCCGACGAGACAAGAGGUGUUAAAAGCCCAAGGAUCCGAUUCAGAAUCCAGAGCAAGAAAUCGAAGAAUGUUUGGAUGUCUUUUAGGCACACUUCACAAGUUUUGCCAGGAGGAAUCUCGUCUUAAAUUAAAAGAGGACAAAAAGGCACAAGUAGAAAAAAAAUUAGAACAACAACAAUUACUAGAACGAGAGGCAAUAAGGAAGGAACGAGAUUUUCUUUUAAUCAAGCGACAAAAAAAACAAGCAAAAAUUACAACUUUGGAAUUAAAAAUAAAUCGUUUGAAAGAUUUUACUGCUUAUGAAAAAACAUUAAAUAAUUUUAAAAGCUGUAUUAAAACAAAGACGGAGCCGUCUAUUUAUUAUAGGCCAUACAAAUAUUGCAAAAAAACUGAGCUACUUUUAAACAGUAGUCGGGAAUUAUUGCAGACGGAAAUAAGAAAAAGGAAAAUAUUGCUUGACAAUGAACUGAAAGAGUUUGAUCUCCUAAAUGGAAGUGAUGAAAGGAUUGUCAAAGGAACAGCAUUAACUCAAAAUAUAACAAAGUUGAAUAAGCCAUUAGGAAUUCAAGGUGAAAUGGAGUUCAAAGAAAAUGAAUCCCGAAACUCGAAUGCACCAACAUUAAUUAGCAGUAUAAUUGUUGUUAAAAACAAUAAAUAGCUGUUUACAUUUUUGAUAAUAAAUGAAUAUCGACAAAGGCA